AUGCGUUUCUUGCUUCCUAUAUUUUCUGCUACUCUCGCCUUCGCCAUAAACGAAGCCUUCGAAGGCAGGCCCUGCUGCCAAAAAUGGAUAGAGCAGUGCAAACUGGAAGGGGCAGUAGGCUGCAUGUUGGCCGACUACAACUACUGCGUAGUGCCAUCCUCUACAUGUCAAGAACAAUGCAAUGGCUUCUUUGGUCGUAACGGAAGGAGUACACACGGCCGAGACACGGAAUAUGUGUACCAGAUCCAUAACAUGUAUACCGCGAAUGAGAAAGAUCCAACUUGCUAA